AUGAAGCAUUUUUUGAGGGUGGUGACACAGUUCUUUGUGUUCCUGUACUGUAAAUGUCUGUGGCGAGGCCUGAAGUUUGUGAUCAGGAAGGUCACGGGGAGGUGCGAACUGCAACGGAUCUGCCACAACAACAAGCCAGGGGCCCGAAGGACCCUUAAGAUCGAGUCUUCCCUCAUGUACUCAAAGAAUGAGCUGUGCCAGUCUGCCCUCAGUGCUCACCCAGACCGAGUGGAGAAGACCAUCGAUGACAUCAUGACCCUGAAGAAGGUCAACCCUGACACUAACCCACAGCUAGGCAUCUCCCUCCAGGCCAGUCUGUUCCAGAUCGUCGGCUACCGUAGCCUGGUGGCGGAGGUGGAGAAGCUACGCAGGGAGCCGUACGACUGUGAGAACCCCGACCAUGAGGAGAUGUUGAUGAAGCUGUGGAAGACACUGCGUCCUGAUUCGACACUCACCGGGCGGAUCUCCAAGCAGUGGUGUGAGAUCGGUUUCCAAGGCAAUGACCCCAAGACUGACUUCAGGGGCAUGGGUCUACUGGGCCUACACAAUCUUCUAUAUUUUGCUGAGCAUGACAAGGCCACCGCUCUCCAGGUGCUUCAUGACUCCCUGCAGCCCAAACACAGCAAAAUGAGCAAAGCAGAAUGGGAACAGAAGAACUUUGAUAAAGCAAUUGGAUACUCCUUUGCCAUCGUGGGCAUCAACAUCACGGAUCUGGCCUACUCUCUGCUGGUGAGCGGAGCCCUGAAGACCCACCUGUACAACGUAGCCCCGGAGAUGCCCAGCCUCAGCCACUUCCAGCAGACCUUCUGUUACCUAAUGCAGGAGUUCCAUCGGUUCUGGAUCGAGGAGGACCCCUGUGACAUCAUGGAGUUCAACCGUGUGCGUUCCAAGUUCCACCGGCGGGUGCUGCGGCAGCUCAAGAACCCCGACAUGGCGCUGUGCCCCCACUUCGCCGCCUCCGACCUCCACCUGGUCAACCUGUAA